AUGGUGCAGCGCAUGUGGGCCGAGGCGGCCGGGCCUGCGGGCGCCGCCGAGCCGCUGUUUCCGGGCUCUCGGCGGAGUCGCAGCGUGUGGGACGCCGUGCGCCUGGAGGUGGGCGGCCCCGACAGCUGCCCGGUGGUGCUGCACAGCUUCACGCAGCUCGACCCCGACCUGCCGCGCCUGGAGAGCUGCACGCAGGAGAUCGGUGAGGAGCUGCUCCACGGCGUCAUCUACUCCAUCUCCCUCCGGAAGGUGCAGGCGCAGCCCGGGGCCAGCAAAGGCCAGCGCUGGCUUGGGUGUGAAAACGAGUCCGCCCUGAGCCUGUAUGAGACCUGCAAGGUGCGGACGGUGAAGGCAGGCACGCUGGAGAAGCUGGUGGAACACCUGGUGCCCGCCUUCCAGGGCAGCGACCUCUCCUACGUCACCAUCUUCCUGUGCACCUACCGGGCCUUCACCACCACCCAGCAGGUCCUGGACCUUCUGUUCAAACGGUACGGUAGACGUGACGCCCUCACGGCCUCCUCUAGAUACGGAUGUAUCCUCCCUUACUCUGACGAGGACGGCGGCCCCCAGGACCAAUUAAAAAAUGCCAUCUCCUCCAUUCUGGGCACCUGGCUGGACCAGUACUCGGAGGACUUCUGUCAGCCCCCAGACUUUCCCUGCCUCAAGCAGCUGGUGGCCUACGUGCAGCUCAACAUGCCCGGCUCUGACCUGGAGCGCCGUGCCCUCCUUCUGCUCGCCCAGCUGGAGCGCGCAGAGCCCGCGCAGGCCGAGCCCGAGGCUCUGUCCCCUGCUCCAGCGCCAGCGCCAGUUCCAGAAACACCUCCGGAACCAGAGCCAGCUUUAGCACCAACUCUCCUGCCUACUCUGGAGCCAGACGCAGCUCCAGCACGAACUCCAGAGCCAGAUGCAGCUCCGGCUCCCGCUCUAGAACCAGACGUGGCUCCGGCUCCGGCUCCGGCUCCCACUCCAGAGCCAGAUGCAGCUCUAGCUCCCGCUCUAGAAGCAGAUGCAGCUCCAGCUCCCGCUCCAGAACCAGACGCAGCUCCGGCUCCUGCUCCAGAACCCGAGCCAUCUCUGUCUCAAACUCUAGAGCCAGAGGCAGCUCCAGCGCCCGAGCCUCCCUGGCCUUCAGCGGUGGCUGCAGAAAAUGGACUGAAUGAGAAGCCUCACCUCUUGGCCUUCCCUCCCGACCUGGUGGCAGAGCAGUUUACCCUAAUGGAUGCAGAGCUGUUCAAGAAGGUGGUGCCUUACCACUGCCUGGGCUCCAUCUGGUCCCAGCGAGACAAGAAAGGCAAGGAGCACUUGGCUCCCACCGUCCGUGCUACCGUCACCCAGUUCAACAGCGUGGCCAACUGCGUCAUCACCACCUGCCUGGGGGACCGGAGUGUGACGGCCCGGGGCAGGGCCCGGGUGGUGGAGCACUGGAUCGAGGUGGCCAGGGAGUGCCGCGUCCUCAAGAACUUCUCGUCCCUCUACGCCAUCCUAUCGGCCCUGCAGAGCAACUCCAUCCACCGGCUGAAGAAGACGUGGGAAGAAGUUUCCAGGGAAAGCUUCCGAAUCUUCCAGAAGCUGUCAGAGAUCUUCUCCGAUGAGAACAACUACUCGCUGAGCAGAGAGCUGCUCAUCAAGGAGGGGACCUCCAAGUUUGCCACCCUGGAGAUGAACCCCAAGAGAGCGCAGAAGCGGCCGAAGGAAACGGGUGUCAUCCAGGGCACCGUUCCCUACCUGGGCACGUUCCUCACAGACCUGGUGAUGCUGGACACCGCGAUGAAGGACUAUCUGUAUGGGAGACUGAUCAACUUUGAGAAGAGGAGGAAGGAAUUCGAAGUGAUCGCCCAGAUCAAGCUGCUCCAGUCGGCUUGUAACAGUUACAGCAUCGUGCCCGAGGAGCACUUCCGGGCCUGGUUCCGGGCCAUGGAGCGGCUCAGCGAGACGGAGAGCUACAACCUGUCGUGUGAGCUGGAGCCCCCUUCCGAGUCGGCCAGCAACACCCUUAAGGCCAAGAAGAACGCGGCCAUCGUCAAGCGCUGGAGCGACCGCCAGGCCCCCAGCGGGGAGCUCAGUACCAGCGGGAGCUCCCACUCCAAGUCCUGCGACCAGCUCAGGUGCGGCCCCUACCUCAGCAGCGGGGACAUUGCCGACGCCCUCAGCGUCCACUCGGCCGGCUCGUCCAGCUCCGACGUGGAGGAGAUCAACAUGAGCUUUGUCCCGGAGUCCCCCGACGGUCAGGAAAAAAAGGUGACCGCCACACCCCCUCUCCCGGGGCCCAGGUCCCCACGGUGCAGGGCACUGGCCAGGGCGCCCCUGCUGAUCGUGCCGUCCCCACAGUUCUGGGAGUCGACCUCCCAGUCGUCCCCGGAGACCUCCGGCAUCAGCUCGGCCUCCAGCAGCACGUCCUCCUCCUCGGCCUCCACCACGCCCGUGGCCGCCACACGCACCCACAAGCGCUCCAUGUCCGGGGUGUGCGGCUGCAGCUCCUCGCUGCCGCUCUACAACCAGCAGGUGGGCGACUGCUGCAUCAUCCGCGUCAGCCUGGACGUGGACAACGGCAACAUGUACAAGAGCAUCUUGGUCACCAGCCAAGAUAAGGCUCCGGCGGUCAUCCGCAAGGCCAUGGACAAACACAACCUGGACGAGGACGAGCCGGACGAGUACGAGCUGGUACAGGUCAUCUCCGACGAUCGGAAGCUGAAGAUCCCUGACAACGCCAAUGUGUUCUAUGCCAUGAACUCAACGGCCAACUAUGACUUUGUCCUCAAGAAACGGACCUUCACAAAGGGGGCAAAGGUCAGGCACGGCAGCAGCUCGACUCUGCCUCGCAUGAAGCAGAAGGGACUCAAGAUUGCCAAGGGCAUCUUCUAGGUGGUCCCCGGCACUGGCCAGCCACGGGACCACUCUGUCGGGCGCUGGCCAGCUGGGUGACUAAGCACUUAGAGACUCCAGUGGCCAAGGCUGGGCGGGCGCCUUCUGCCUGACCUGCCAGCUCAGGCCACCCCCAGACUCCAGGUUCACCCUGAACCUCCCCUGUGCCGGGAUUGACGCCUGCUGUUUGCUGGGCUGACCUGGCCUCCCGUGGACCACUCGCUGCCUUAGGUGCCUUCAGCUCUCUGGAACCAGAAGACUAAUUGACUUUUGCCACGGAGCGCUGCCGACGGCCAUGGCGCUGCGCCUGCCGCUGGGCUCCGCCCUCUGUGCACUUCCCCCGCACCUGCUCAGGUGUGGGUCACUGCCACCUGUGCCCAGGGGCACCCCAGGGCACCCACUCAUCCACUGGGUCUGACCACUGCACUUCUCUCCUCAUGCCCACAGGCACUGGCCCGUGCCCUUCUCGGGUCCCGGGCCCUUUUUCCACCAUGCUAGCCUUUCCCAGGCUGCACCAAAGAUACCACCGUCGGGGCCAACAGAGCGAGGGAGUCUCACCCACCCCCGGCCCAGCCCUCCCCCAGGAGAGGAGGGCAGGGAGCCUUUCCACAGAUCACACUCUUCACCCGGUGCGCGGGGACAGUCUGCCGAGGCCCGUUGUCAUUGACUCUCACGACACUGCGAGUGCCACCCACCGCGGUGCCCUGGGCUUCACGAGACCACACGAGACGGGGGUUAGUGGGAGAGGAGAAUCGGGGGAACGGGGAGGGGUGUUGAAUAUUUGUAUAAAAGGCAAAAACAAAACAAAAAAAGUUUACCAGUUGGGGAGGGGCAAUAUUUAUUUGUUGUAAAUAGCAAAUGCUAGACUUGAAUCUUAUAUUAAAAUCUGGUUUCUACUAUA